AUGGUGGUGGUGGUGGUGGUGGUGGGACCUGGUGAGUGGCGGGACCUGGAGGGCCGAGGAGAAGCCCAGGAGCUGGUCCUCCUGGUGCUGCCUCCCGCGCUCCUUCCUGGUCCCCGUUGGGCGCAGGCACAGAGGUCUUCGCUGACUCGACUCUUCCCUGUGCUCAGGACGAAGCCGACACACACCACUGUCAACUGCUGGUUCUGCGCCCAGGACACGGUGGUGCCCUACGGGAACCGCAACUGCUGGGACUGCCCCCACUGCGAGCAGUACAACGGCUUCCAGGAGAAUGGUGACUACAAUAAGCCGAUCCCUGCGCAGUACCUGGAGCACCUGAACCACGUGGUGAGCAGCGCGCCCAGCCCCCGCUCCCCUGCGCAGCCACAGCAGUGGGUGAGCAGCCAGGUGCUGCUGUGCAGGAGGUGCAGCCACCACCAGACCACCAAGAUCAAGCAGCUGGCCGCCUUCUCGCCUCGGGAUGAGGGCAGGUAUGACGAGGAGAUCGAGGUGUACCGGCACCACCUGGAGCAGAUCUACAAGCUGUGCCGGCCGUGCCAGGCGGCCGUGGAGCACUACCUCAAGCACCAGAACCGCCAGCUGCGCGCCCUGCUGGUCAGCCACCAGUUCCGGCGCCGGGAGGCCGACCAGAGCCACACGCAGAGCUUCUGCUCGUCCGCGGUGAAGGCCCCCGUGCAGGUCAUCGUGCUCCGCGCCCUCGCCUUCCUGGCCUGUGCCUUCCUGCUGGCCACCACACUGUAUGGCACCAGCGACCCCUUUGCCCCGGGGGUCACCCUGCCCCCCGCUUUGCCCCCUGGUGGCAAUGGCUCGGCAGCUCCUGACAACGGCACUGCCCCUGGGGCUGAGGGCUGGCGGCAACUGCUGGGCCUGCUGCCGGAGCACAUGACAGAGAAGCUGCAGGAGGCCUGGGCCUACGGGCGGAGCCACCAGAUGGGCGUUGUGGUGCUGGGCCUGCUCACCUGCCUGCUGGCCAUGCUGCUGGCCGGCCGCAUCAGGCUCCGGAGGAUUGACGCCUUCUGCACCUGCCUGUGGGCCCUGCUGCUGGGUCUGCACCUGGCCGAACAGUACCUGCAGGCCAGCUCGCCCAGCUGGCUGGACACGCUCAAGUUCAGCACCAUGUCCCUGUGCUGCCUGGUGGGCUUGAUGGCAGCCGUGGCCACAAGGAAGGCGACGGGCCCACGGAGGUUCCGGCCCCGAAGGUACCUCCCGGGAGACCCGGCCGGCCUUCUCCCCACGUGCCCCGGCCUGGCCAUACCCUACCCGAGCGUCACAGCCUCUUCACCGUCUCUCUUCCUCCCCACCUCGCCCGGCUUCCUGCCCCUCACCAACCAGCAGCUGUUCCGGUCUCCCCGACGGGCCUCGCCCUCCUCGCUGCCAGGCCGCCUCAGCCGGGCCCUCUCACUGGGCACCAUACCCUCUCUGACCCGAGCAGACUCAGGGUAUCUGUUCAGCGGGAGCCGCCCGCCGUCUCAGAUGUCUCCAUCCGGAGAGGCUCCUGUUUCAGAUUACUACUCUCUGCUGCUGGGGAGCUGCCCCUCGUCCCCGUUCCCGUCCCCGGCGCCCUCCGUGGCCGGCUCGGUGGCCUCCAGCGCCGGCUCCCUGCGCCACCGCAGGCCCCUCAUCAGCCCUGCCCGGCUCAACCUGAAGGGGCAGAAGCUGCUGCUGUUCCCGUCGCCGCCCGGGGAGGCCCCCAGCACCCCCAGCAGCUCCGAUGAACACUUGCUCCUCAACGGCAGCCACUUCAGCAUCGAGCCACCCCAGGUCCCACAGAGGCAGCCGGCGCAGGACACGAAGCACACCGUGGACAUGAGGUCCAUGCGGGAGAGAGGCAACGCCUGCAGCAGCCACUCCAUCAAGAAGGAGGAUGACUCGUCGCAGUCGUCCACGUGCGCGGUGGACACCACCACCCGAGGGUGCCCCGAGGAGACCACCUGGAGAGGUCGGUUUGGCCCCUCCCUGGUCCAGGGCCUUCUGGCCGUGAGCUUGACAGCCAACGCCCUCUUCACCUCGGCCUACCUGUACCAGAGCCUGCGCUGACCGCGGGCCCGGCCUCCUGCACUGGAGAGCCAGAGAGUCCGGUGCAUGCUGCUGCCACUGCCGCCUGCCCGCCCUCCUCCGGGCCCUGCCCGCCGGACUGAGUUCUUCCUCAGAAUGCCUUCUCCUCACGUAACGGAAUGGACUGCGGGGCUGAGGGGCGUGUGAGGCCACCCUCCGCCCGUCCAUCUUGCUGACAUCAGUUGUGUUUGGUGCUGCCACGGAGCCAUGGUCCCCGGGGGCUGCACUGUCCAGCCCUGCCCGUGGGGCCGCCACCACCACUGUACCUGCAGCAGGAGCCCUGCCUGGGCCCUGCUCCAUGGGCCACGGGCACAUCUCCGUACCGUGUGCCCCAUCCCCCGGGGGAGGCAGGAGGCAUGGCCCCUGUGUCCCCUGUCCUCUACCGGCCCCUUGAGGAUGAGCUUCCUCUGCCCCCACCUUACCCCUUCCUGCUAGUGCCGGGCCAGGCCUGCCCUCUGGCUCUCCCGUGGGCACCUCAGAAUUCCUGGGUUUCCGGCUCCGCUGGGCCUGCAGGACUCGUGUGAGCAUCUUGCCCCAAACUCCCUUCUGCCCACGUGCACCUGUUUUAGGACCUCUGGUGGCCUCUCGGGCAGUAGCCCGAACCCUGAGAACACCGCCCAGGGUCCCUCCCGUGCUGCCCACAGGCCUUGCUCAACCCUCAGCUGGUUGCGCUGUGGGACUGCCCAGGGCAGCCUGCAGGUGACAGAUGAGACCGCACCCCGCCGCCAUGAACCCGGCUCCUUCCCACGGCUGAGACCCUCGUCCUCCUCUCAUUCUGCUGACACCACGGGCCGAGGGUGGCCUCUAGUCUUAGGCCACCUUGGCUGGCUUCGUUCCCUCUGUCCCUGCCAUCGCCCUUCGGCCACUACUGCACGAUUGCUCCCCCUCACCCAGGUCCGGGGUCCUGCCCACCCCUGAAGGGGGGAGGGACCUCGGGAUGGCACAGUGACCCUCCAUGAUGCUGUGGCUGUCAGACCCCCAGUCCCCGCUGUCCUGGGCCUUGGGCAGAGGGUGGGGCAGCACGUGUGUAUGUGACUGCACAUGUACGUGCAUGUGAUCGUGCAGGCAUUGGUGCUGCUUGGGGAGGCAGUGGCUGCCUGGAUGAAUUCUGCAACACGUGAUAGGGGCUCAGGCAGGAGGAGGGGUCUUCGCUCCACCAUUCAGGGAUAAAGUUUAAUUUUAUUUUUCUACACAUUUCUGCCAGGGGAGGCAUUUUGCUGGGAAGCAGGAUGCCCCCAUCCUCCCAGCCAGGGAGGGUUAGUUUUUUUAAGCUUUGGGUGCUUUUUUUAGUAAUUUUUUUACCACGUGGGGAAGGAGAUUGCUCUGGCUUCCCUCUCCCUUCCCCCACUCACGUCCUGAGAGCUACUGUCUCCUGCCCUGACCCGCCCCGAACACAGGGGUCGGGGACCUGAGGGCCACGCCAGGACCUGAGUCCAGCCACCGAGACGGUUCCAACUCGGAGGUGUCUCGGCCUCCAUUUGUGCAGGGGGCAUGUGUCAACGUCUUAAUUUUAUUUUCUGCCUAAUAAAGCCAAACUCCAUUCUAAAU